AUGCUCCUCAACGAGGUAUUGCCGCUCCUCAUACGGUACUGGCCCAUUGUAUUGGUGUCUCUUGUCGCAGGCCACCUCAUCAGCAACAAAUACUGGAAAGGACUAAACAAAUAUCCUGGGCCGACACUAGCAGGAUACAGCAACUGGUGGAGGCUCCGAGAUGUAUCGAAGAGGGACCACCACUGGACGAACAUUGCCUUGCAUCGUGAGCACGGUGACAUUGUCCGGCUCGGGCCCAAUGUCCUUUCUUUCGCGGACCCCAGGGCUAUUAAGCAGAUCUACGGGCUGAACAAGGGCUUCUACAAGUCGGACUUCUAUCCAGUGCAGGGUGCUGUAGCGAACGGCAAACCUUUGCUCUCACUGUUCUCAACUACCGACGAGGACUUCCACGCUAAAUACCGCCGUUGUGUAAACAAUGCCUUCGCAAUGAGCUCACUAGUCAACUACGAACCACUUGUCAACUCGACACUCACCUACUGGCUCGACAAGACGGAGGCGAUGUUCGCCAACACGGGCAGAACCUGCAACUUCAGCCAGUGGCUCCAAUUCUUUGCUUUCGAUGUCAUCGGAGACCUGACCUGGAGUAAGCGCCUGGGAUUUGUAGAGGGAAACAAGGAUGUCGAUAACAUCAUUGGGUUCUUGGGCAAGUUCUUCGACUACGUAGCACCUGUCGGACAGAUUCCCAUCCUCGACCGCAUCUUCUGGAAGAACCCCAUCAGCCUUUUCGUACAGCGCAUCGGUCUCGACAAGCGCAUCCACCCCGUCACCCUUUUCGCGCUCUCCCGCUCCAACGAGCGCGCGCAGCAAGUCUCCAAAAUCAAGCAAUUCGGCCUCAGCGACGACGAGCGCGCGAACCCGCGCGGUAUCGACCUGCUCUCCAAAUUCGCCCAGGCCUCGCACGACCACCCCUUCAUGGACGACAACCGCAUCCUGUCCACAUGUACAUCCAUGGUCUUUGCCGGCAGCGAAACAACAGCCAUCAGUCUAUCCGCCGUCUUCUACUUCCUCGUCAAGCACCCGUUCGUCUACGCAAAGCUGAUGCACGAGCUCGACCACGCGGCAGCAACCGGUACCAUCGCGCAGCGCGACGACAAAACAGUCUCCUGGCCCGAAGCCCAGAAACUGCCCUACCUCGACGCUGUCAUCCAGGAAGCCUUCCGCCUGCACCCCGCACCGGGGCUGAUGAUGGAACGCGUCGUGCCCGCGCAGGGCAUGAAGAUUGUCGACGACUUCAUCCCCGGCGGCACCAUCGUCGGCUGCAACGCAUGGGUCGUGCACCGGCGGCCCGAGAUCUUCGGCGCGGACGUCGACGCGUUCCGGCCGGAACGCUGGCUCGAGGCGAGUCCGGAGAAGCUGAAGGAGAUGAAGGGCACUAUGCUGCAGUUUGGCGCGGGCGCGCGCACGUGCAUCGGCAAGAACAUCAGCCUGCUGGAGAUUUACAAGCUCGUUCCUAGCUUCCUGAGGAGGUUUGAGAUUGACCUUGAGCGGCCCGGGACCGAGUGGAAGACGCAUAAUGCGUGGUUUGUCACGCAGAAGAACUUCAACACGAGGUUCAGACCGCGAGUCUCCAAGGCGGAGCAGUGA